UCUUCAGCUAAAAUUCAACUGUGAUGACUUGUGAAUUUACGUGCUGCAGCCAAAAUGGAAGGAGAGUUUGAAAAAGCAACAGCUCUAAUUUUGACAGAUACUAAUGCCGCCCUGGCAAUUUUUCACAGUAUUGUCAAGCAAGAUGUGGACGCAGAUAACGAAGACGGUGUCAGGAUCAAAGAACAGAGUAUCAUGGAACUUGGCAAACUCUUAGCCAAGUCGAAACAGGCUGAUGAACUUGGUGGCUUGAUAAAGUUCACCCGUCCCUUCCUGGCGAUGGUAAGCAAGGCCAAGGCAGCUAAACUAGUAAGAGGCAUGGUGGACCUGUUCUUAGAUAUGAAUGCAGAUACGGGGAAAGAGAUUGAGCUUUGUCAGGAGUGUAUUGACUGGGCCACCAACGAGAAGAGGGUGUUCCUACGUCAAGCUUUGGAAGCCAGAUUGAUCGCUCUUUAUCACGAUACCAAGAAAUAUACAGAUGCACUGUCAGUGGGCUCCAGGUUACUGAAAGAACUGAAGAAGUUAGAUGACAAAGCUUUGCUCGUUGAAGUCCAGCUCCUAGAAAGUAAAGUGUAUCAUGCUCUCAGCAAUCUUCCCAAAGCCAGGGCUGCAUUGACUUCAGCUAGGACUACAGCCAAUGCCAUCUACUGUCCACCUAAGCUUCAGGCAGCUCUAGAUAUGCAGUCAGGUGUUCUACAUGCUGCAGAUGAGAGAGAUUUCAAGACGGCUUUCUCCUAUUUCUACGAAGCUUUUGAAGGCUACGACUCGGUGGACAACCCCAAGGCAAUCGAUGCCUUGAAGUACAUGUUACUCGCAAAGAUUAUGUUGAAUUGUGCUGAUGAUGUGCAAUCAAUAGUAAGCGGGAAGCUUGCUCUCCGUCAUGCGGGACCGAGUGUAGAAGCCUUGAAGAGCAUAGCAAAUGCCAGCAAGAAUAGGUCACUAUCAGAGUUUCAAACAACUCUUCAGAAGUAUCCCUCGGAGCUUCAAGAGGAUCCAAUCAUCAACGCCCAUCUAGCAUCGCUCUAUGAUAACCUCUUAGAGCAGAAUCUAUGCCGUAUCAUAGAACCGUUCUCCAGGGUACAAGUUUCUCACAUAGCAAGCAUCAUUAAGCUACCCUUGGAUCUUGUGGAGAGAAAGUUGUCACAAAUGAUUUUAGACAAGAAAUUUCAUGGUAUUCUCGACCAGGGUGAAGGUGUACUGAUUGUCUUUGAGGAACCCGUUAUUGACCAAACCUACGAGAUGGCUCUAGAAACCAUCACAAACAUGGGCAAAGUGGUAGAUGCCCUUUAUCAGAAGACCAAGAAGCUCUAUUAAGUCUUUUGUAUCCAUUUGGUCUACUUCCAGUUUGGUCUAAUCUGCUGAUCGUCCUUCUCCACCAUGGCAAUUGGUGUACUUUCUCUUCGACUGAAUUACCAUUCGUUCCAUCCAUCAUUAACUGUAGUUUAGUCCAAUGUCCAGAUGGACAAAUUUCCACUUGGGCUAAUUAUUAUUGUGCACUUUAUCAAAUGAAAAUUUGGUUCAUACACAGUUCAUCUAAUCGUUUAGACUAAGUGGUAUUAGACCUAGUGGAUGAGGGAAAUGGGUACAGCAUAACUGAAAAUAGAAGAACUGGUGCAUGGGCUAAGAGGCAGCUAGACCGAAUGGUUAGCUGAUGAGCUGAGGAACUGUAAUAAGACCAUGCGGGAUGAGAAAAAAGUGAUA